AUGCGAGGUGGGUAUUAUGCCAAAUAUUCAAGGACAGGCGCUAUGGAAGACUUGGAUUUGGCGAUUCAGCUAUACCAAGAAUGCCUCUCUACAACUCCAAGAGACCACUCUGACUGGGCGUCUUUACUUGAUAGCCUUGGAGAUGGCUAUUAUCACCGGUAUUCAAGAACAGAAGCCAUGCCGGAUCUUGAAAAGGCGGUCCAACGAUUUCGAGAGUCUCUUGACACACCACCAUCACACCCUCCCGACCAGAUGUCUCGCCUCGCGGAAGUGAGAGCGAAAUAUUCGGAGCAAUACCCAGAAACUACAGAAUACCAAGCGCAUCUGAACAGGGCACUUCAACUAUAUCAAGAAUCCCUCGCCAAUACCCCAGAACAUCACCAUGAUCGCACACCCAGACUCAGCAACCUUGGAGUUGGUUUUUACUUAAAAUACUGUGUAACCAGGGAUGCGAUGUACCUGGAUAGAGCAACUGAGUUGUUCCAGCAAUGUCUCGAUACAACACCGAUGGACCACCCCGACCGCGCACUUCGACUUUAUAAACUCGGGGCCAUACAUGAGGCUCGAUAUCAGGAAACAGAAUCCGUGGAAGAUAUAAAUACUGAAAUUCGGUACCUUGAAGAAUGUCUCGACAGACUACCAAAUGAUGACUCGCACCGGCCAUCGUGUCUUCGGGCUCUUGGAAUGGGACGUUAUCGCAGAUACCAGGAGUUGAAUACCCUCACAGACUUGGAUACUUCAAUUGAGCUAUUCCAAGAAUCUCUCCGCGCAACGUCGAUGGAUCAUCCUGACCGGGCAUCUCGACUCUAUGAUCUCGGAGCCGGAUACCACGAUCGAUACAAUGAAACAAGAACCGAGACAGACCUAGACAAGGCAAUCGAACUCUUUGAGGAAUCGCUCGAGAACACACCUACACAUUAUCACGACCAGACGUCUCGAAUUCGCAGCCUCGGACAGGCCUAUCGCAUAAGAUAUCUCAAGAGAGACACUGCAACGGAUUUAGAUAAGGCGAUUUGUCUAUUUGAGAAAUUCCUCGAACAAAUACCAACAGAUCAUUCCGACCGGGCAACGCGACUGAAUGACCUUGCGGCUGUGUACAACGACAGGUAUCAAAAGAAUGACAUCAGGUCUGACCUUGACAAGGCAAUACUCUUACUUCGAGAGGCCCUCAACCAUUCUCAGUCACCUACUCCAGACCGCCUAGUAGCUGGUAAAAUCUUACUCUAUAUCCAUGCUGAGUUGGAAGCUUGGGAAGAAGCACACGAAUUUGCGAAAACAGCCGUACACUUGAUUCCGUCAGUCGUCCCGCGGUUACUUGGAGCCGCGCAUAAGCAGAGCUUACUCUCUCAGGAUGCUGGUCUGGCCUCGGACGCUACAGCAGUUACGUUGAAUGCUGGAAAGCAUGCUUUCGACGCAGUUCAACUUCUUGAGAUUGGGCGUGGAGUUAUCUCGGGACUGUUCUACGAGAUGGCUGCAGAUGUGGCCAAGCUUCUUUCAGCUUAUCCCGCAUUGGGAGAGAGGUUUAUCAAACUAAAGGAGCAAUUGGAAGUUCCUGCUGCCUCAAACCCUACCCAGGCCAUGAAGCAACAAGACCUCCGCGAGAGUCUCCCUUCUCUCGUGGACAGGCUGGAGGGACUUGACCCCGCGCCACAAACUCCUGCUGAACAGUCCUACAUCGGCAGUCAACUCGAUAAGCUGAUCGUCGAAAUCCGCAAACAACCCGGGUUCGAAAACUUCCUCCUCGCUUCAUCAGAGGAGGAAAUACGUGCUGCUGCGAGACACGGCCCUAUUGUCGCCAUCAAUGUUAGCGAGCUCCGUUGUGAUGCGAUCCUGAUUGAGCGGCAUCGAAUUUGGUCGUUGUGCUUACCUCUCCUCAAUCUGGACGAAAUUCAGCUGAAGACACAGCAAUCUAGCCUGGAUAGCCCCGAGACUCUAGAGUGGCUAUGGGACGUUGUUGCAAGCCCGGUUCUAGAGGCCCUCGGAUACACCCAGUCUCCUGCUGACGACUGUUGGCCGCAUGUGUGGUGGAUUCCCACUGGGCCUUUAAGCCAUUUCCCGCUUCACGCAGCAGGAUAUCACUACAAACGGUCCUCCGAAUCAGUCCUUGACAGGGUCAUGUCUUCGUAUAGCACGUCUAUUAAGGCCAUCAUCUGCGGUCGUCAACGGCGACCACAACAAUUCGCCUUGAGUCAGGCAUUGCUCCUAGGCAUGGAAUACACACCAGGGCAUUCUCGGCUCCCAUUCGCAACCCAAGAGAUAGCCAUGUUGCGGGACCUUUUCAAGUCGAUGCCAGUCGAGCCGGUUGAGCUUGGGCAUUCCAAGGAAGACGUCACAUCACGUUUACUGAACUGCAGUGUGUUUCACUUCGCUGGUCAUGGCUAUACGGAUAAAGCAAAGCCAUCUAAUAGCCGCUUGGUGCUGGAAGGCAUUCCACUAACGGUUGGAGACCUCUUGGAGAUGAACCUUUAUGACCACUCCCCCUUUCUUGCGUACCUGUCGGCUUGCAGCACUGGCCAGAUCAAAGACGAUAAGUUUAUUGACGAAAGCAUCCAUCUGAUUAGUGCGUUCCAGAUGGCGGGGUUUCGGCAUGUGAUUGGCACAUUGUGGGAGGUCAAUGAUGAACAUUGUGUGGAUAUUGCAAGAUAUACGUACGAAGGGAUGAGAGAUAGAGGCAUGACUGACGAAUCAGUUUGUUAUGGGCUUCAUAUGGCCACUCGAACGCUAAGGGAUAAUUGGCUUGGAACGCCAGCCGAGCCCAACCGCAAACUCUCGGGUACGGACUUGGGAACGGGUCUGGCACGGGAACGGCGUCAGUUAUCGAGAGAUGUGCUUUUGUGUGACGAUGAUGAAGAGCUGGGACGUGUUCACUGGGUCCCCUAUAUUCAUUUUGGCGUGUAA